AUGAAUGGCUUAUUGAAGACAUGGCCUAGGAGUUAUGGUCUGCAUCUUAGUAGGAUACGACGAAUGCCCGCAAGAUAUAAUUCCAAAUGGAAAUUCACAGACACAUUCUUCAAAGAAAACCGACCGAAUGAGAAAGUUUCAAUCCAAUCUAAGAUCUCCAACUAUUUAAUGAAUAUCAUAAAACAAGAAUCGUCAAACAUAGUCAACUCAUUAACAAAAGAUCCAUUAUACUUGGGUGAUGAUGUUGAUCUGUACCUCACAAAGAACCGUUCUUUAUCUUCAAAAUUGAAUGAAAGCAUAGACAUAUACAAUAAAUUAUACCGACUAUUAUCUUACAAUCCUAUUGACAUUCCUCCAGAGUUAUACAUUCAUUAUUAUGAGAAACUAGAGAUCCCGUUGGAUCCAGAUUUACAAAAGUUACUUAUACAGAGAUUGCUUUUCCAUAAAGAAUAUAACUAUUUUUGGAAAAUUUGUCUAGACAAUAAUAUAUCACUUACUGAUUUAGAUGAUUUCAUAGAUUUAGUUUAUAAAGUAUUGAGUGAAAGCAAAGACCAAACAUAUGGAAUAUCAGAACUUUUGACUUAUUUCCCACAGGAAUUAAUUAGUGAAAGAUUAGGUCAUCAUAUCAUGGAUACUCUUUGCUUUAGAUUCAACCUCGAUAAAGCCCGUCUUGCAACCCAAAUGCAAUUUUGGAAUGAAGUGCGGCAUUUGCUGUCAUCACAAGACCUCAACACCAUUUUAGAAGUAAAUGAAGAUCUUGUCCAGAAUCUGAUAGUGAUACAGGCACUUUUCAUGAAACGUUUGUUUCAAAUAUGGAGUGAAGACAUGCAAGAUAUUAAAUCAAAAAUUGUACAAAUUAUAAAUCAAAACCAAUCAAAUAUAUUUCAGCACCCAGGAUGGGUAGCUAUGAUAUCACCACUUCGGGUAACUUGUAUGCAACCCAUGGGAGAACAUAAUCCAUUAGCAGCAUCACCUAAUAUAUCUUCUUUUAAAGAUUUUCUUGUUUCAUCUGUAGAUGAAUCAGGAAGUCUUAAUGAAGUUGAUAUUACUUGUAUAUACCAUUUGCAUGCUACAUUGGAUCCCUAUACUAUAUAUAAAUGCUACACAAGAGCCACGGAAACGGUACCGACGUUUAAGAAUACUACAAUCGUGAACUUCUUAGUGAGUGAUAUACUUCAAUCCGGUAUAAAUAAGCAAUCAACCUCCAUGCUUUCAAAUAAUUUUAAAUUUUUAGAUUACAAUAACAUAUCAAAAGGGUUAUUAAAGGUAUUUCAAGAACAACGUUCUGAGUUUGAAACUCUCCUUGCUGAAUUAAAUCAAGUCAAACAAAACGAUGACAUUACGGCUAUUAUAAAUAAACUAACUGAUGAUGUCCUAAAAGUGGAAGGGCUCGAGGUAAACGAUUACCUUGAUUACGCUUAUGCUAUAAUAAAAAACGACAAGACCUACAAAUGUUUUAGAUACUUUUUCAAAUCCUUGCAAUUGGAAGAAGACGAUAUCAAAGUUUUUUAUACAAGCUUGAUAUAUUCAACCAGAAUUCAAUCUUGUAACACGUUACUCGAAAUAAAUCGAUCAAUAAUGAGAAAUAAGUUAAUUUCGAUGGAAUUGAUUUCGCCUUUAUACGAAAAGAUCUUAAGAAAUGUCUUAAACCGAAAGAAUAUGAAUGAUAACUUACUUGCCGAAGAUUUCUUAUCUAUUAAAACCUUAGUUGGUCGCGAAAGAAUUGUUAAAUUGCACAAUAGUCUUCGUGCAAUGGGUCAAACAUUUUCUUUAUUAGAUGCAAAGGAAAUUGCCUCUGUAUUAGACAUCCUACGUAAAGUGACAAUGUCUAAAUCCUUUUCAGUUACAAACAAUUUAUCAUGCCAAAACUACAUUCUAGAUUGUAUAAUUGAUGAAACAAUGAGGUUUAUAGAAAGAGAUAAGAAUCUCAACCGAAGUGCUGUUUUCAAGUAUAGAGACAUUAUGUCUUAUAUGAAGACUUCUCUGAAACCAGUGGCGUCUUGGUUGUUUAGAGUGAUGGUCAAAGAGGAUACUACCAAGGCUGUUAAGUUACUUAAUCACUAUAAAGAUAAUAAGAGAGCUAUUUCUGGACUGGUCAAACAUAUUAUAUCGGGUAUAUUAAGCAGCGAUCUUGAGGUUAACAUGAAGCUUUCAGUGUUGACUACCUUUUUCGAUUCUAUGAGAAAUUUGGGUUACAGACAUAAAUUGAAAACUUCAAAUGCUUUACAGCUUUCAAAGAUUAUAGCAACCAACAAGGAUAGGCUAUCAGGCUUUUCGUUGGAACAGAUUAAUCAAUUUAUAACUGAACACAGAACAUUCAGAGAAUCCUAUGUGCGUUCUAACGAUAAGUUUUCAAAUUUAUAA